AUGAAGCUCGACCACUCCACACCCCAAACUUUUUUUUCGAUUGUCGUCGUCGCAUCUUCGACACAUUCGAACCAACAAACAACCGCGCCCACGGCCAUGCUCACCGAACAAUUCGUGGCCGCCAUUUCGGCCUCGACAAAACCCAACACGGGCGUGCAAAAGGAUGCCGCCAUCUUCGUACACGAAUUCCAGCCCUUGGCGGCGCAGCGACAAGUCUUCAAGAAGAGCGCGAGUGCGCCCAAUGGCAUCGCCGUGAGCAAUGAGCACAUCUUUGCUGCCCAGGCGGAUAAGGCGGUUGUGCACGUUUAUAGCCGCGACAGGGGGAACCAGGAGGCUCUUGUGCCGUUUCCAGAGAGGAUUCACAGUAUUGCUCUUGCGGCGCGGGAUACGGUGCUGUUGUUGGGCACGGAGAGUGGACGGGUGUUGGCGUGGGAGAUUUGCUCAGGUCGCCUCGUCUCGACGUCGACUUCGCAUCUGCAGCCCGUGACGUGUCUGGUCGUGGACCCCUCGUCCAACUUCUUCCUCUCGGGCUCCUCGGACGCUAUGAUUCAUGUGUGGGCACUGCCUGCCAUUCUUGCCUUCUCGCCUGAUACCUCGCGCUCGCCCAUUCACACCCUCUCAACCCAUCGCGGACCCAUUUCAGCCAUUGCCUGUGGCCACAGCGCAAGCCAUGCCAACAUUGCCGUGUCCAUAUCCGGGGACAAGUCGGCUAUUGUUUGGGACUACCGUAAUGGCCAGGCGCUGAGGACGUAUCUGCUUCCUGAAGCACCCACGGCAGUUAUCCUGGACCCUGCAGACCGUGGGUUUUACCUUGCCUAUGGCGACGGCAGUCUGCAGACCAUAGACUUCUACGAUGACGUGCAAAAGUCCACUGCCGUCGAUGUGCUCCGUGAUAGCGCCUCCUCCCAUCGCCCCGUGCAACCCUCGUCCAAGACGCGCUUCCAUGCUGAGUCGCAGAAGCUGGGAGGAGCUUUGAGCUUGGGUUUGAGCUGGGAUGGGACCACCCUUGUGUCUGGCCAUGCAACUGGCAAGAUUGCGUCGUGGGAUAUUGCAAAGGCAAACUACCUCUCCACCCUGGUCAAUCUGCCCGGUCCCGUCUCGACCCUGCAAUUCCUACCGCCAACUGGAUUUGCGACCACGCAGGAAUCGACAUUCAAGAUCCAAGCCAUUGUGAAGCCGAAACCGGAUGCGGCACUCGCCAGUGGGAAUGCGCUUGUCCCGCCAAAUUAUACGCUGAGCAUGCAGUUCACUGGUCGGCUACGCAGUGCCCACGUGUCCGCUACUGAGAAGGCAUCGACGACCAAAAGCAGCUUUGACGAGGCUCUCUGCCACCCCAGUUUCCCCACGAGUAUGUUGGAGGAAAGCCUGGCCGAGUUGGAAACGUGGGGCACGUCGGCCAAGGAAGGCAUGCCAGCUUCUGCCGAUUUUAUGGCACUCGACCAAGACAGUAUGCACGACGGAGUUUCCGAGCCUCCAACUGCUGCCCAACAGACGGAGCUCCAGCAAGUCAAGGCACAACUCGCCAGCCUCCAGCGCAUCCAAAAACUCACCUUUUCCCAACUCUCCGACUUGCGCGAGCAGAAUGCGUAUUUUUUGGCGCGCGAGAAGAAACGGGCGGCUCGUGCAAAGGCGCGCGCGCAAAAGCAAUCUGCUCGCCCCAACGGAGACGUGCAGAUGGAUGACGCCUCAUCCUCGGAAUCUGAAUCCUCUCACGCCGAUGGCGCCGAUGGGUCCUGA